UCAUAAGUUUUAUCAGAUUAAGAUAAGAAUCUUGAUUUACAUAUUUGAUCUGUAGUACUAAAGGUUUUCAACAUUGACAGCAGAUUUAUUGUAGUUAUGGCUAUGCCAGCUAGGAGAUAUGCUUUUGGUAGGGCGGAUGAAGCUACUCAUCCUGAUUCCAUGAGAGCCACCUUGUCUGAACUCUUAUCCACCUUCAUCUUCGUUUUCGCCGGUGAAGGCUCUGUUCUUGCUAUUGACAAGUUAUAUCCGGAUACGGGGUUAGGUUCAUCAAGACUGAUAGUGAUAGCGCUGGCGCAUGCGUUUUCCUUCUUUGCAGCUGUGGCUUCUAGCCUGAAUGUUUCUGGAGGACAUAUCAACCCAGCUGUUACCUUUGGUUCACUUGUGGGAGGCAGGAUUUCUGUUGUUCGUGCUAUCUAUUAUUGGGUUGCUCAGCUUUUUGGUUCUGUUUUAGCUUCUCUUUUGUUGAGGCUUGCUACAGAUGGCUUGCGGCCACGGGGAUUCUCGGUUGCAGCAGGGGUGGGCAACUUGAAUGCACUUGUGAUGGAGAUAGUGAUGACAUUUGGACUAAUGUAUACAGUAUAUGCAACUGCUGUUGAUCCAAGGAGGGGAAGCUUGAGCACCAUUGCCCCUCUUGCCAUUGCAUUCAUUCUGGGGGCAAACACCCUGGUGGGAGGGCCUUUUGAGGGGGCAUCCAUGAACCCAGCAAGGGCAUUUGGACCUGCUUUAGUGGGUUGGAGGUGGAGGAACCAUUGGAUCUACUGGUUGGGCCCUUUCGUUGGUGCAGCCCUGGCUGGACUUAUAUACGAGUAUGGGAUCAUUCAGCAUGAAACCGUUCCACGCCCGACUACCCACCAGCCCUUGGCACCAGAAGAUUACUAGUCUCCUUCAUUUGUGAAUAAAAAAGGAUUGUGCUUAAAAACUAAUGUGAUGUUUGUAGUCCAGUUUAUGGUUGCUUUUUAAUUCCAUUUUCUGCGUUUAAUACUUCUGUAUGUAGCUGCACAUUUCCAAGACGAUGAUCCCAGACCAGUAAUAGCAUGAAUAAAGUCUACUUUUAU